GGCCUUUAGCAUCAGCCUCACAGGGAAGCCCGCACUCCCGCAGUCUUACUUGGGAGGUGGGUGUGGUGGCACUCAGGCGGCUCGUGGCAAACACCGCUGGAAACAUUUUCCUUUUCUCCUCGUUUCCUCAAAUUGAUUUAACUCGUCUUAAGAUAAACCCUAAGUGAGAGAGCACAGCAGUGUGAAGGAGUCUGUCCAAUCACACACAAGACUUAGGGAGUGACGGCGUGGCACGAUGGGCGUGGAGACGUGGCUGCUGCUGGCGACGGUGGCGGUGCUGGCGUGGCUCUACUCCAGGUGGCGCCACAGCUACUGGGCCUCAAGGGGUGUGCCCUCCCCGCCAGCCCUGCCCUUCAUCGGACAUUUCCACAAGUCGAUGCUCAUGAACAGGAAGCCGUGGGAGUUCCAGACUGAGUUGCGCAGCAGGUUCAGGGAGCCGUCAAUGUGUGGCCUGUAUGAGUUUUUCAAGCCUGUCUUGAUGGUCUGGGAUACUGAAAUGUUAAAGCACAUUCUUGUAAAAGACUUUGAUCACUUCACUGACAGAAGACAAUUCAGUUUAGAUAGUGGUUUCCAUGAAAGGGAUAAAAUGAUGAUGGAGAUGCUGUCAAUAAAGAACGGUCCCCAGUGGAAGGGUCUGCGGCCCAUCAUGUCUCCCACCUUCACCUCAGGCAAGAUGAAAAGUAUGUACCCUCUGGUGUGCGAGAAGGCCGAUGCUCUGGUCAAGUUUUCGAUGAACCAAGCAACCAAACAGCCUCACGUGGACAUGAAGAAAAACUUUGGCCGAUUCACAAUAGAUACAAUUGCAUCUUGUGCGUUUGGUCUUGAGUGCAAUUCUCUGGUGAAUGAAAAAGCCGAAUUCCCUCGUAAGGCAGAAAUCUUUUUCAAUAUGACAGGGUUGAGGCUUCUGAAAUUUGUAAUCAUGAUGGUUGCUCCUAAAAUAUUAAGAACCUUCAAUAUAAGCGUAAAUCCCCCGGAGACAGACUUCUUCAUCAACGCUGCGAAAGCGACCAUUGCAGCCAGGAAGGCGGGGCAGAAACGCGGAGACUUUCUGGACCUGAUGCUGGAGGUGCUGGAUAACCCCGACAAUCCGGACAGUAAACACGUGUUGAGCGACAUGACUCUUGUGGCCCAAUGCGUGAUGUUCAUCAUCGCCGGCUACGACACCACCGCCUCCUUGUUGGCCUCUUCCUCCUUCCUGCUGGCUAAAAACAAGGACGAACAGCAGCGCCUCCGAGACGAGGUGCGGCAGAUCGUGGCCGAGCACGGCGACCUCACCUACCACGGCAUCAUGGAGAACAAGCUGCUCGACGCUUGUCUACAAGAAACUCUUCGUCUCUACCCACCCGCUACAGCGUUGGAACGUUCGUGCACCAAAACUUACACGUUGCCUGGUACUGACCUGACUCUCGAGCCCGGUGACCUGGUGCAAGUGCCAGUCUGGGGCAUCCACCACGACUCCCGCUACUGGCCAGACCCCGAUGCGUUCAUUCCAGAUCGCUUCCUGCCUGAGAACAAGAGCAACAUACAGCCCUUCACCCACAUCCCCUUCGGAAUGGGGCCCAGGAACUGUUUAGCCAUGCGGUUUGCCCUGAUGGAGGCCAAGGUGGCGCUGGCCAAGUUGCUGCUGGAGGCCGAGCUGGAGCCGGCGCCGGGCCACGAAGACCUUGUUGUGACAGGUGCAGGAGGCCUACUGCGUCCAAAAGAUGGAGUGAAGUUGCUGCUGAAGCCACUCAAGGAAGAGUAAAUCACAACAUGAGCAUUUUGCCAGAUAGCAAUUGGAACACUACUACUACCACAUUAGGCCUAUUCAAAUAUACUACGGCAAGGCUAAUAAAAGCUCAUAAAGAAU